AUGGGGCACGGACCACGUAGUUCUGCCAAACAAGCCCAGCUAUACGAAAGAUGGGGCGAGAAGCGGGAUCUGGAAAGAGUCAAAGAAGCUGUAAAACGAGAUCUCCACAUCCACAAGAUUGCAGCCUUCCCGUCGGACUUUCUCGUUGGCAAAAGGAGCGGUGAGAGGGUCCGACAGGUCGUGCGAACUAAAUUCCACGGAACAUGCUUACCGGAGCAGAUGAAAACCCUACCCACUCAGGGCAAGAUUCUUUUGCCCCUCGACCACCUUCCUCCCGACACCGUCCCAUCGGAAAUGCCACCGUAUCUAAUGGCCCGUCUCGAACAUUUCCUGACUGAUGCACAGCAAGCCGGUCUCCUUUCCCGAUGGAACAAGCUCAUCGCCACCGACCCCAAACAUCUGCUGAAGCACGAUGCCAAUCGUUCCAAUAGUGAAGGCUAUCAUUUUGGCCUUUGGGAGGUCACUGCUUCCACCCCUCGCAUCACACGCGAAUCUCGUGACCAAUCCGAUGACGCCAAAGAAGCCAUCGAUAACCUCCUACGAUUCCUUAAAAGCUAUAUUGCUAACAAGAUCGGCACAGCAUUUGAGGAACUCGCUCCCGAUCAGUGGAAGGCUAUGUUAAAAGCCAACGCACGUGUAAUGGACCUUUUGGCUCGUGAACACAGCGCUCGGCCCAGUUUAUUCAUGGGCGGCCCCUUUUUUGCUGUUGCAGCCAAAGAAGCGGGAUCAGGUGUGACCCAUAUAGACUGGAACGACGAUAAGGCGGUUUAUGCCUUUAUUUUCGCUGUUGGAGAUUGGGAGGGCGGGGAAUUUUGUGUGCCCCAACUCGGCAUCAAGAUACCUGUGCGGCCUGGGCAGGUACUGUGUGUCCUAGCCCGUGUUCUAGCUCACUUUAGUGCGCCGACCGGAACAUUUUUCGGCAUGGAAACCCAGAAGUUGUUGAAUUGGCGUAGUACUACACAAGUAGUCUAAAUAGGUACAGCUACAUGUCCAUGGCAAAGAGUGCAUCGUGAUGGGCGAGUUCAAACUGUACCACCUUGCAGUCGGCAAGUACCAUAGAAUACCACGCCCCACAUGAGGCUCGAUGACAACCCUGGCCUAUUGUACCACAACGGAUUGCCACAUCACGCGCGAACGAGAGACAGCAAACUCCGCAGAACGAAGU